UAAUAAUAAUAAUAAUUUUACGGAGACGAAGAAUAAGGGGGAGGAGGACAAGAAGGGAAAAGAGUGAAGGAGAGUCACUAAGCGAUCCUAUGUCCCAGAACACAGUGGCCUUAUCGCGGUACUAAACAGUGCGCAGUUCCUGAGAGGCCCCCUCGGUGCCAACAGAUUCUGCGAGGGAGGGGGCGAGGGGCACUUAGCUUAUUCCCGGGCGGUGAUCGCGCACCUGCAGCGUGGGGCAGAUUUACAACCAUCCGAGACCCACCAUGUAACAGACAUCAACACAUCAUUUUAACAUUCGAGAGUAUUAACACAUUACGCUUUAAGUAAAGUUAAUUUUUUUCCACGAAGGUGGAAUUUAGUUGAAGGUCCAUAUGCUAAACUAAACAAAAUCCAUAGGCUGUUUUAAAAAACAAUAAUGGUUGUAAAAAUAAUGUAGGCUAUGUUUCCGUAAGGAGUAUUGCGGUUCGAGUGCCAUUUGCUAUUAUAACAAAAUAAAGUGUAAUUCAACAACAAGAAGAGGAACAAUAUCAACAAUAAAAAUAAUAAUCACAUCGCACUUAUUGUUUGUUAAAAAAAUAAAUAGAUAUUGGUUACGAAUAGAUCUAGCUGUUGGUGUAUGUUUUUAUAUAGGCCUAAUGUGUUACGAGUGGGCCUAACAAUAGGCUAUAGUACCCGCUGAUAACAGGCCUAGGCAAAAUCUCCACAAGAUUCUUCGCGAUUUCUAAAUUACAUUAUUUUACUAAAUUGUGCUUAAAUUAGGCCUAUGUGUGUAAAAGCUCGCCAGUCUCACGUUCUUUUGUUUUUCUUUUUGACAGUUUCCAGGCUUCUUAUACGGUCAGUGGAUUAAACGUUGAUUGAAUCAAUAAAGUCCUAAUCCUUGUGGGGUUCAAUCAGUACAAUUAACAAGUCAUCCCGUCGUUAACCGCUCCACACUUAAUCAGUGCAGACUCGUGGACGAAUUGAUGAAUAACAGUAAUCACCACUGUCAUUUUGAAAUCACAAGGAUGCUUUUGGGCAGAACGGGAGUCCAUCCGCACAGUCAUCAAGGCAGUCAAAACAAUUUACCACUACUUAAAGUCACCGAUGGGAGCACAGAGCAGUCUGCGUCCCACUCCUGGCAUUUUGGCCGACAGCAUGCUGCCCCGCCUCGGCCCGCCCCCUGCUACUAUAACGUCUCUGUUCCGCAGCAUUAUGGCACAUUGGACUGUUUUCCACGAAAGCCUUUAAACCAGGCGCCCUCAGAUGUAGUACGCGCAUCACACAGCAGCAAGCAGCAGACACGCUUUCUCCGAUUCACAUUUGGCUUUUUUUAACCAGCUGUUGCACUAAAACGUGUUCAUGUUUUCGACAAUGGUCGCCAAGUUGACAUCGCUGCAGCAGGAGCUCCUGAGCGCUUUGCUGGAAUCCGGAGUCACCAAAGACGUCCUGAUCCAAGCCCUGGACGAUCUGGACCCCAGUCCGUCCGGCCUCAAACACGAGCAAUCAUUGAUGUCUCCGACUAGCGCAGCGACGAACGGCAGCGGGUCGGAUUCAAAGACCACGUUUCGGGCACUGGCAAACGGGCACGGCAAAAGUGGCAAGUGCUCCGGAGAUGAGGGAUCCGAAGACGGCGACGAUUUCGACACGCCGCCUAUUCUGCGGGAACUGCAGUCCCUCAACACGGAAGAAGCGGCUGAACAGAGGGCUGAAGUUGAACGAAUGGUGGCCGAGGACCCCUGGCAUGCAGCCCGCACCAUCAAGAGCUACAUGCAGCAGCACAAUAUCCCCCAGCGGGAGGUGGUGGACGUGACACGGCUCAACCAGUCCCACCUGUCACAGCACCUGAACAAGGGCACACCGAUGAAGACGAGCAAGCGGGCAGCGCUCUACACCUGGUACGUCAGGAAACAACGGGAGAUCCUCCGACAAUUCGACCACGUGCAGAGUUCAGAAGGCACUGACCCAGACAAGGCCAGUGAGGAUCCGGUGCUGUUUCUCUUCUCAGAGUUCGGCGACCCCGGCCAGGACUUAGGGCGGCCUGCCGGCGGGGUGGGGGCUGGCUCCGAGCCCGUCAGCAAGAGGAUGAGGCGCAACCGCUUCAAGUGGGGGCCUGCCUCCCAGGACAUCCUGUACCAGGCCUACGAGCGGCAGAAGAACCCCAGCAAAGAGGAACGGGAGGCGCUGGUGGAGGAGUGUAACAGGGCAGAGUGUGUGCAGAGAGGGGUUUCUCCUUCUAAGGCUCAUGGCCUCGGCUCCAACCUGGUGACGGAGGUCCGCGUCUACAACUGGUUCGCCAACCGCCGCAAGGAAGAGGCCUUCCGGCAAAAGUUGGCUAUGGAUAGCUACCCUACACAUGGCCUCAACUCCCUGCCCUCUCAGGCUGGUGUCUCCCCUCCUGGAAAGAUGCCAGAUGUCCGAUACACUCAUCAAGGAGCCGGUGAGGUCACUUCCUCUACAACAGUUGGUCACCAUGGCAACAGUGGAAUGCCCAGCACUCAGGCGUUGCUGCAGCAGGUGUCCCCCGGUGGCCUGGACCACAGCCUGCUGUCACCUGGUCCAAAGAUGCUGUCUGUAUCAGGAGGAGUGCUGCCCCCAGUCAGCACCCUGACCAACAUCCACGGACUGUCCCCCACCCUGUCACACAGUUCUCAGCAGCAUCACUCCCAGACCCAGAGCCUGAUCAUGACUAUAGCACAGAGUCUGAACUCAUCGCAGGGAGUACCGGUCAUCAAUAGCGUAGCAGGGAGUCUGACUGCGCUGACUGCGCAGCCGGUGCAGUUCCCUCAGCAGCCACUGCACAGCAGCCACCUGUCGGCCCCACCCCUGCAGGCACCAGGUCACAUGGGUCAGCAGCCCUUCAUGACUGGUGUCACGCACACACAUAUGUACUCCCACAAGCAGGAGCCCCCCCAAUACAGUCACUCCCCCCGCUUCCCCUCCGCCAUGGUGGUGACAGACACCAGCAGCAUCGGACAUCUCAGCUCCAUGGGUUCCAGCAAACAGUGCCCUCUGCAAGCAUGGUGAGCACGUGCAUCCGAGUUUCUGGUCGCCUGGCAACAGGGUCCUGCUGUUCCACUCUGUCACCACGGCAACCUCAGAAGCUGCCCACCCGAGGGCGUGGCCUGUCCGCCAAUUAGCCCCGACCGUGGCUUCUUGCCUAAGUCGUGGAGGAUGGCGAGAGUGGGAUGCCCAGAAGCGAAUGGCUCUUUUUGGCAGGAAAAUGGACAAAAACCCACCUAUAUAGCUGUUGUCCUUACAUAGAACCUCAAAAAAGAGAAGCAGACUGGAGAGCAACAGUCUACAGAGUGAGAAUGGACCUGCAACCCCACACCCAUGGGCCACCAAGGACGAAUUGUUUUGUAUAUAAUUGUUUUGGAAGUAAAUGUGACGCUUUAUGGCAUUUUUAUGGCAUAGAGGUGAGGGCGCUUCAUACGAGCACAGCCACGGAUUCGCACCCUGCUUCCGGCAACUGGAGACUUUGGACUCUCAUGACCCUCAACCUCAACUGUCUGCUUGUUAACAUUUUUUUUUUGUUUUUAAUUAAAAUAUUUAGCUGAAGGCCACAAAAUGAAUUUCAGUUGAAUUUGGAGCUCGCUGGAGGUCAGUGCGUGUACUGUGGAGUCUUCCUCACACAAUGAACGGGGGCAGAUGAAGAUUAAAGACUUUACACGUUUUUUUAAAGGCUGUCCUGUCGUUGACAUGCUGUUUUGUCGGAAGCCGCAAAACAGCCGCCCGUCCCAGGGGACCGUGAGACGGCCCCACCGCCUGCCUUGCAUUUACGCUGCCAUUCCGAAUAACGGAAUCACAGUUGCUACAGGAGAAGAUAAGCAGUGCAACAAAAUGAUCUUUUAUGUAAAUGAAUCUUUAUUAAAACCCAUAUUUAUACCGUAAGAAA